AAAUCUUCUUUUUCCUUUCAAGCCUUCCUGUUUAUGCCAGUUCUCAAGCUACAACUAAACCCAUUUGAUCUGAAGUUUAUAACUUGGUUUGAGUUUUCGCUUCUCGACUCGAAAGUCUCGACUUUUCGAUCUGAGCUUUUCGUGUCUACUGUGUUUGUUUUAACAAAAGGAGUCUCUGCUUCAAUGGCAGCGAGCGAUGAAGUUAAUCUUAUUGAUAGCAAGACAGUGGUUCCUCUCAACACAUGGGUCUUAAUCUCAACCUUCAAACUAUCCUACAACCUCCUCCGUCGAUCAGACGGUACAUUCAACCGCCACUUAGCCGAGUACCUUGACCGUAAAGUCACCGCAAACGCCAACCCUGAAGACGGCGUGUUCUCAUUCGACGUGGUAAUAGACCGAGCCACCAGCCUCCUAAGCAGAGUCUACAGACCAGCUUACGCAGACCAGGAGGGAGGACCUGUUAGUGUCUUAGACCUCGAGAAGCCCCUUGAUAACGAGAUAGUCCCCGUGAUACUGUUCUUCCACGGAGGCAGCUUCGCUCACUCCUCAUCCAACAGCAAGAUCUACGACACUCUCUGCCGCAGGCUCGUUGGCGCGUGCAGCUGCGUUGUCGUCUCUGUGAACUACCGCCGCGCGCCUGAAAGCCCUUACCCUUGUGCUUAUGAUGAUGGCUGGACGGCUCUCAACUGGGUGAACACGAGGACGUGGCUUAAGUCCAAGAAAGACUCGAAGGUUCGUAUCUUUUUAGCGGGAGAUAGCUCAGGUGGGAACAUAGUCCACAACGUAGCUUUAAAGGCAGGUGAAGCGGGGAUUGACGUUUUAGGGAACGUUUUGUUGAAUCCUAUGUUCGGUGGGGAGGAGAGGACUGAGUCUGAGAAGCGUCUGGAUGGGAAGUACUUUGUGACGGUUAGGGACCGUGAUUGGUAUUGGAAAGCUUUUUUGCCUGAAGGGGAGGAUAGAGAGCAUCCUGCUUGUAACCCGUUUGGGGCAAGAGCGAGGAGCUUAAGAGGGUUGAGGUUUCCCAAGAGUCUUGUCGUUGUUGCGGGUUUGGAUUUGAUUCAGGAUUGGCAGUUAGCUUAUGCGGAAGGGCUUGAGAGAGCUGGGAAAGAGGUUAAGCUUGUGCAUUUGGAGAAGGCUACUAUUGGGUUCUACCUGUUGCCUAAUAAUAGUUAUUUUCAUAGUGUUAUGGAUGAGAUUGCUGCGUUUGUGAACGCGGAGAGUUGAGGUUUAGUGGUGACAUCUUUUGUUGUUUAUAAUGUUUGGCUUGUAGUUGUUAGUCUUUACUUAUAACUAAUAUAGCUGAUUCUUCAGCAUUGGAGUGAUAGUUAAUGAAUGUAUACUUCAAGAAUGUAUGUAGUAUUAGCUUAUGGAGUUAUCUUGUAUUGUAUUUUUGCUCCUUUUUUUCAUUGUACUCUGAUGUAUUUACAAAAUAAGGUGUGCACUUGCAUUACCAUGAGAGUAUUUUGAUUUAACGUUA